CUAUUCAAUGGUUUCCCUCAUCGUAUUACAAUGCUAGUCAACUGCUAAUCUUCAAGUUGUUUUAUUAAUUGUGUCUCAUUGUUUAUAGUUUUGAUUACGUCUUAAAUCACCCAACAAUAAACAUAAAACAUACACAAUACACACAACGCAGAAACAUUCAUUAUGCUUCAUCUUUUCUCAACUGGAACAGCCACUGGUUUUACAGUUAUGAUUUGUGUUUACCUUUUACUAUACCAAUCUAAUUGUUUCUAAAUUUAAAUCGAGUGCAAUUUAUUUCCUUUUGUUCAAUUUAACCAGUUCCCGUUACGAUUAUUUUAUAUACAUUUAAUUUAUUUUCGGAUAUCAACUCUUGAAUUGGUUAAUGGUUUGGAUGGUUAAUAUGAAAUGAAUCAACCUCAGAUGACUGUUGUACACUGUACAGUUUAUAGCGAACCUUUCCUUUUUUCCUAUUUCAAUGGCCUUCUCUGUGAGUUCAUCAGCUCAUCACCAAUCAAUUAAAGCUUCACCCAGGAAAAGGACAGCUUUAUCGUCUGUAUCAUCAAUAGUGAAUGAUGCUUUUCAAGCCAAAUGUGUUAAAGAAUUGAAUAAAUUACGCUCCAAUUGUCGUAAGACUCUACAACAAGAUUUAACAAGAUUACUUGACAAAGAAACAUUUGCAGAUACAUUCAUUGAAGGAGAUACAUUUAGGAAGCCUUGUCAUAGCUGCCUAUUGGCUUCGCGAGUUCCUACUUUUUAUUUACUCCUGAUCAACCAUUUUGAUUUCACAUCUUCUAAGCAUUCUAAGCGAGGAUUCAACACUUACCGACUUCCAUCUACCAUUGACUGUAAAGAAAUCACUGAUUUUCUCCAAAAAGUCUAUUGUCAUGAGGACAUUUGUUUUGAUGAAUCAUUGAUCGUUGACAAACUACGUGCACAUAUUUCAAUAACCAUGACUUCCGAAUCUGGAAUUGACAAAAAAUCAGUUUCCUCUGUUGAUGAAGACAAUCUGUCAAAUGGCCUGAUCAAAGAAGACAGUCUAGAAGAUUUUGUACGAGCUUGUAAUGGUGGAUUCGAUAAAGAUAGCCUAAAGCCUUCAGAUAGCCUGGAACUUGUUACAGAUUCACUGAAUAAUGCUAGUAUCUCUUCGGAAGAUAAUAAGAAUGAGCGCCAUAGUACUGAUUAUGAAGACAGCUUAGCAGCUGGACAAAAAGACGAAGGUUUAACCUCGAGUGAAUCUAGUCAAAUGGUUCGAAGUGGAACUUACGAUAUGCUUACAUCUAUACAAUUGGAAGAUCACAUUUUGAAAAACCUUGAUGAUGAUGAUGGAGAAGAAAAGAACAAUGAAAAAGAUUCAAAUCAUUGCGAGUCGCAGAUUUUGAUUGGGAAUCAAGCUUUUCAAGGUGAAAAAUCUUCAUCAGAAACCAAUCUUAGACACAGACUUGACUCACUUGAGCUUAAUUUAAAUUCCACAAAAGAAGAAUCAACUAAGGAUUCGCUUGAUGACGACAAUGACGAGGCAGCAACUGAUGCUGAUGUUGCAACUCCAGUAGCAGAAGUACCUGAAAGCUUAACCACUCAAUCUAAAGUAUCUAGAUCACAAAGCAGCUCAUUAUUUCAAUUUUUUGUUGAUAUGGACUCCAUGUCUCGUAGUACGCCAAACUGCGAUUCAUCUAGAGACACGAAAAAAGAGGAAAUUAAUAUGACAAGCAGUGGUUUCAUGUUCAUAGAUUUAAACUCUGUUGGACCUGAAGAGGAACAAAAAUCAAGGACCAUUGAAAGAGACAAAAACAAAGUGAAAGACAAACGUGUUCCAAAAAUUGACCCCGCAGAUGGUGAAGAGAUUAAAAGUAGCUCUUCGUUAUCAAUGAGACAUGGAUCGACGUUAGAAGCUCGAAGCAGAACAAAUCGAGGAUGUGAAUCUAAUGAUGAAAAUAACAGUGGACGUAUAUCCAAUAAUACAAACUCAAGGAGAUCAGUAAAUUAUCGAAAACAAGCAAGCAGUUCAUCUGUAUUAGGAAAUAAUCGUCAUUCCUUCAACAAAAGCCGACCCAAAAACAUUAAUCGUCAAUCAACAUCGCCAAUGAGUUCAAUGGAUAGUGGAAUGUUAUCCUCUAUAAAUUCUGAAUGUACACAUGGUGAUGAUGAAGAUUGGUUAUUAAGUAUCAAAACACAUUCCCAGGUUAAAAAAGGAGCCUCUCUUUGGCGCAACGAAACACAAGAAGAUCAACAAUCUACUCCCUCCAUGAAUCAUGCUGCACAACAUCGGAAAAACACUUCAGAGGUCAAUAUGUUUAUUAAUAAAGAUGAUAAGCAUAGUAGGCCAAGUGGAUCCAGAGAUGAUGAACACAGACGAACAAUUAAUUCUUGUUCAAAACUAGGCGAGGAUUUACUGCAAAUGUAUUACAAUGGUAUCAAUGCUGAUAUUACCAUUAAAGCUGAAAAUCGGACAUUAAAGGCUCAUAAAUGCAUCUUGGUGGCACGUAGUCCAUAUUUCUCAGCUAUGUUUUCCGGUGAAUGGCGUGAUUCUAAAACAACAAACAUUACCCUCCAAGGAUUCAGCUACAUUACAGUUCAUUUUGCUUUAUGCCAUAUUUACAGUGGUGGCUUAAACAUUCCAACAGAUGACAACUUUAAUCUAGCUGAAUUGGCCUUACUAUCUAACCUUCUGGCUUUGGAUACUCUUCGAGAUGUUGUCAUCUAUGAACUGGAAAAAACUUAUUGUCAUUUUUUCCACAAGCCUUGCUCAGAAUGCACAGUCGGUGUUGUUGAUUGUCUUAUUGUUUCUUCUGAAUGUGGAUUCUCAACACUCCAUCAAAAAUGUCUAACUUGGUCAGGAAAACACUUUGCUCGACUCUGGCCAACCCGUUCUUUUGCCUGUUUACCUAACUCAUUAUUGGAUUCAUGUUUCCAAAGUACAAUUCAUAGUAUGACACCUAAAUCCAUAAUCGAGAUUGUUUUGCAUUGUGAUCGGCUUACAAAAACAACACCAAAAGUUAAAUGGGCUGAACCAAUUUUCUCCCUCAUUGGCCGUCUAAUUGAACAAUGUGUUAAUUUUGUUGCUGGAAAUUAUGAUCUAAUAGUUGCCAGUGAAUCCUUCAUUUCUUUAGGAAGAGCAAAUUCGUGGAAUAUCUCAGCCUUGGAAGAAACAUUCCUUGCUGCCAUGAAUAAUAUGACACCUGAAAUCGCUUGCAAAACACUGGUUAAAUUGAAUAACAUUAUUUCAAUUGCUGAAAAUGAAGAGGCUUUUGGUUAUGGACCUUAUGCGGAAUCAUAUGUUGCUUUAGUGCGUAAAAUGUAUCGCCAUUGUGAAAGAUUUUUGGUUAACAACGUUAAUGUAGCUGUUACCGUACCAAGUUGGUCUCUGCUACCAGCUGAAGUUCAACAAAAAAUCAAAGACUCGGCUAUCAUUGUAUUCGAGUUUGACAAACCAUUGGCUCCUAGACCUCAGUUAUCAAGUAGUCAACUUCAAUCUUUGCGAAAAAAACGAUCUCCAGAAAACUCUGAUCCAUCAAAAUCAUCUUCUACUAGUAAUAAAUCUGUCCACAAAUCAAAACAGCGAAGCAACGAGACUCGCAAUAAAAUGUCCUUAACUCGUUCAGCUACUGAUCAUAUUUAUGAUGAAGUAAGUUUCGAGCCAGGAGAGUUCGAAAGUGGUGCUACAUCCUUACCCCUUGCUACAAUGCAUGAUCGAUAUCGAUCGCAUAGAAUUGGUAGGCGCUCUAGAGAUGGUCAAGAAUCUAAUGUUGAUCCGCAUUCUGAUCGUAGAUCCGAUGAUAUGUGUGAGGACUUAGGAGAGAUUUCAUCUUCUACUAAUGAAAAGUACCAGGAUCAAGAAAUGUCUCGCAAGAAACAAGAUAAAAAUCGACGAAGUCCACAGUCAACUUCAGCUCUAUACAAUAACUCUUUUCGACCAUCUUCACGGACAAGAACCAGUUCAUCUUCUUCAGCUACUCGAACACUUACAUCGAGGCCUCCAUUUAAAUGAAAUGCAAUUUACAAUUCCAAAAAAUCUCAUUAACAUUGUAUUUGGACAAAAUUAACUCUACCAAAUACAAUGAUGAGGAUUCAUCCUUUAAAUCCUUUUUUCCAUAAACCUAAUCGUUAACUAAUUAGAUUACUCGUUAUUUUACUAUUUUACUAUCAAGUUGGAAGUAGAAAUAGGUAAACAUCAAAUUGUGAUCAAGAUACCAUUUGCAUCAAUUAAGCUUAAUCAAAACUUGGCAAUACUUAAACUGGCGGUACUAUGAGUGCAAUGAAUAUAUUAACCACGAAACCAGUCUUGUACAAACCACGAAAGUCUCUGGAUGAAUACAAAGAAACAAAUGGAUUUGAUGGAAUCAAUUUUGAAAUGAAAA